AGUUACACCAUACACCCUAUACUUUAUAGGUUAGAAUACCACCAGUGAAGUUUACGCAGCAAGCACGUAACUUCACAAGCGAAACUUCGUAGCAUAAACCCAAUUGAAGGUUAUUUGUAAAAGAAACGUUUAAUUAUCAAGAACAAACGAUAGGAUUGUUUUGACGGAUAAAGCAGGGCUUCAAGUUAAAUAGGGAAGGCCGUGGGCGGUACGAAGAGCUUUAUGCUCAAAUAGAGCGUAAAGUGGUGGUUUGGAACACUCUAAGUGGAUAAUAUCCCUUUUCCUGUGACACACUGAACGUCAUGAAAUGUCAUGGAAGCUUAGUGUAAUAAGUUGCACGCGAACAAUACGGAAAGGAAUGUGGAAGAUAUCCUUCCAGGUUGCUAUUAGGGCUAUCAUAUCAUGUGACCUGUUAGGCCUAUCAUAUCAAAUGACCCAGUUUUUUUUUUAAAGUUCGACAACGAGAGUGAUUGCAACAACUGUCUUCAAUUUCUUUGUGUCCGUGACAAGUUCUACAUUGGUGUAACCAUGAAUGUAUUGUCAGGUUUUGCUGCAUUGAUGCUAUCGUGAUUUUUGUUACAGAUAAAGUUUAAUGUUUUGAUUUCAUUUUAGAUAGUGCGUUUUAAAACGGUUGACAGUAUAGCGUGAUUUCAUGAAAUGUAAUCUAACCUAACCUAAUUUCGUUCAGCCUAACUUAAAAUAACCUAACCUAACUUAAUUAAAGCUAAUUUAACAUAGCUGCACGUGCAGUAUACUUUAUCGUGAUUUAAUUUAAUAAAUAUGAUGAAAAGUGAUUAAAUCGAUAUUAUGAAACUAUUUUCAAAUUAAUCGUGUAACUAAAGUAUUUGUAGUAGACGAAAAUUUAAAUUUUAUCAGAACGAUGAUGCACGUCUAUUUUUGUUUAAGAGUAUAAUUUUAAUUAAGCGUUAGUGUUUAACAUGUUUAGCAACAUGUCGAGACCGUGACACAUCUUUGAUGAUUAUAUUCUACGUGUGAGUGAUCCAUAACAAUGUUAUUACAAUUCUCAACAUACUAAAUUCGUAAAACACAUGAUGUGAAAUUAACCUUGAAUGGUUAACUACAGUUAUCUGGUAAGAUGAUAAUAACCUGAACAAAUGAGCAAACCUUCAGUUUUUUAAUUAUGUAAUUGCUAUGGCAGCGAUAUUCAACAGAGAAAACGUAUGAGAGAAGUGCACAUUUGUGUGACACAUGUACAGGAUGUUUCAAAACUGUUGUAUGCUGCGUAGCUCUGGUAGAUCUUUUUUUACUUAAAAUAUAAUAAAAAAAUUUGUCAUCAUUUCACAGACUCUGUCUUUGCAUAUUUUGUGUCGAAUAUCCAACCUUUAAUUGCUUGAAAAUUUAUUUUGGUAAUGUAAACGUUGUAGUUGUAGUGCAUAUUUUUUUUGAAGCACCCUGUAUAAGUAUACCAUGUGCGUAAAUCUUGAUAUUGAAAGAAUGACAUCAAGAUGCCUGUAGUUAUGAUUUAUUUUCAGUGAAAAAAUUAUUUCACAUAAUUAGUAGAUGUUAAUACCACAUACACGUUUUCUAAUUCCACAUAAAAAAACUAAACGUAAAAGUAAGGAAAAUUAAUAAUGCAAAUGAAGCUAAAUACACUACGCAUUUUAAUAUUUUUGUUCAUAUUUCAAAAAGAAGAAUCGAAAGCUACUAAUUGUUACCAGUGUGACAGUAAAAAGGACACAAAUUGCACUGUCGACAAGGUAGAUAUAAAAUACUUGCAGAUGUGUCCAGAGUCAAAACCGUUUUGUCGUAAAGCUGUAUACAUAUAUUAUUUUAUGGAUUCCCGACAAGAUUUAACUGUCCGCGAAUGUGCGAAAUGGCGAAAUGCUGAUAACGAAUGUUACAGAGGGCGUUAUACCCGAGACAGUUAUCAACUGGUCUGCGAAUGCAAAGGAGCAGGAUGCAAUCGGUCAACUAGAUAUUCAUCAGAGGCUACUAUUUUCCUUUACGUUUUCUGUCCAAUGAUCAUUCUUUUCGUUUUAAAUCCCACUUGACCUGAAAUACAGAGAAUACGUCAGAUUUGAUACGUUGCAUGUGAAAUACAAGGAUUCGGUUGAUAACAAAUGUCACUCGAUAAAUAUAACAGGAACAGAAUGUAUCAUAUGAAAUAUCGUGAUCGUUUGUCGGUACGUUGACACGUGCAGAUAGUAUCGAACGAAAUUAAUUUCUGUAAUAAAAAACAUGUGGAAGCUAAAGAGGUUAUAUUUUAAGCAUCACCAUAGCUUUUAUAAUAAAUGAGAGGAAGUAAAAUAACUAGCACUUAAAUGUAAAUGUAUUGAUGACACUCUAAAUUUGAAGAACGAGUUAAUUUAAUUAUAUUUUAACAACUAUUUCAAUAACUUGUAACUAAUAUAUAGAAUAAAAUAGCUGUGUAUGUAACUUAUAAAUUAAAUCAGAUA